CCUCCUCGUCGGCUGGUGGCGGUAUGCACCACCUUGUGCACCAGCCGCCAUUAAAAUCAAGAAGAAGAAGGUCCAAGAUGGCGGCCUCCACGGCGUCGCGUGAACUCUUCACGGAGGGAGUUCGGGCGGUUCUUCAGACGUGGCCGGUUCUACAGAUCGCCGUGGACAACGGCUUUGGAGGCGUUUACGGCCAGCAGAAAGCUGAUUGGAUGGUGGAUGUCGUUCAGCAGUAUUUCCAUGACAACGCUGACCUGCAGCAGUAUGAGGUGGAGGAUUUCCUGUCUCAGCUGAUGGAUCAGGAGUUUGAUACGGUGGUGGAGGACGGGAGCUUACCUCAGGUGUCACAGCGUCUGCUGCAGCUGUUCUCCCUCUGGCAGCAGGGGGCGCUGCAGCAGCUCCGCAGCACCGUCCACACACUGACUCAGAGCAAGACGCCGAGGGCAAAGGUCACGGCUCCGCCCGCGCAGUCGGACGAUGAGGAGAGCAACGGCGAAACGCAGGGCAUGGAGUGUGAGGAGUCCUGCCCGUCCCUCAGCACCACACGUCCUCCUCCUCAGGACGAAGAGGACGGCUGGACCGUGGUCCGGAGGAAGAAGUGACGAGCAGAACCAGAACUUUACAAACCGGACCUGAACUGGACUUUGCUGUGGAGCCGCCAUGUUGGGGGCGGAGCCUCCAGGAAGGCGCUUCCAACUCCAGAUGAUCCGGUUCUGAUGGACUAGUUGGAUAACUAUCUUUGUUUAUUCAGAACAUUAAAAUGGGUCAAACUAAACAGAACCAAUCAAUUAAAAAAUAUAAAACUAUUAAAAGUCUGUUCAGUUCUGAUCAGUUCUGGUUCUGCUCUCAGGUCCAGCAGAACCAGAAGCAGGUGGAAACUUUCAGGAUGACGGAAACAAUCUGAUCCAGCAUCGUUACAGAACCACAUGCUAGCAUAUUAGGCUGGACCCGGACUUCCUGGUUCUGACCCGGACUCCCUGGUUCCGACCCGGACUCCCUGGUUCCGACCCGGACUCCCUGGUUCUGUGCUGCUUUAGGUAAAAUUCUGAAUGGUUCUGGACGUUUCAGUUCUUUGAAGCUAAAAAUAUUAAAUAUUUUUAUUGAUAAUGCCACCUAGCAUUAGCUAAAGCUGAUUAGCAUUAGCUGAUGCUAAUUAGCAUUAGCUGAUGGACCUGCUAAUUAACCUUAGCUGCAAUUAGGAGCUAAUGAUGCUAAUUAGCUGCUGAAGCUUCUUCGGAUGUUCUGGAAUAUUUUCACUAAAAUCAUGAAGUCGUUUUUCGUGGAGUUGUUUACAAUAACUGCUUUUAUUCUGAAAGGUAAGGUAUGAUGUCAUGAAUAAUUAAUGAGCGCUGCUGGACGUUUUGUUGGUAUUUAACCCCUUGCAGUCUGUAUUCAGAGCAGAACUUAAAUAAAGAUGAAAACGUCACGAA